GCUACCUAGCAAGAAGAAAAUUAUCCUGGCCAGAUAUACUUCCUCUAAAUGAUCCAAGCCUCUCUUGCAACUGAUCAUUUGACCCGUAUAAUAUUGCCUCCAUCCUUUUGUCUCCCUCUAUUUUCUCAAUUUCUCUCUCUUUCCUCUCAGGCUUGAAAUAAUGGAUAUUAGUCUCACGACCACCGGAAAGUCCGACCAGAAGGCAUGCAGUUCAGAUGACCUGCAGGGUUCAAGUCAUGUAAGGUCUUAUACUUGUUCUUUCUGCAAGAGAGGCUUCACAAAUGCACAAGCAUUAGGAGGCCACAUGAAUAUCCAUAGAAGAGAUAGGGCAAAACUCAAACAAGCUUUGGACGAAAACUUUCUUUCUUUGAACAUCACAAAGUCGACUGAGGAAACAAGCAGUGCGCCUGAAACCCCAUGUGCUCCAUCUAUUGAAGAUGAUUGUGCUACUCCUAGAAAUAAGGCUAGCGAAGAAUUUCAGCAGCUACCCUUUAUCGUUGAUGCGAAGGUAGGCACUGAUGGCAGUGAAGAAAACAAGAUGGAGUUCAAUCAAGCUACCUCGCAAGCAGGAUUGGACCUUGAACUUCGAUUAGGGUCCGAGCCACACGAAUCAUCUACAAGAUCGAGUACCAGAAAGUUCUCUUGAUCGUAGUGAUCGAGCAGCAAGAUGUUUGGGAUCUAGUAAAGAGGUUUUUUUUCCUCAUCUUUUCUUCAUAUUUUAUAAGAAAUCUUAUCAAGAAGUCCACUUUUUAUCAUAAAA